AGAAACGUGUCCGCUGCAACCAAAGCACCGCCCCUCCCGUUUGUAUUCGUGGUAUCCAAAUCUUCAAAACAAGCGCCACUAAUUUCCAACCAGGUUUGAACGACCUGUCGUCUUGGGGGGACCCAGCUAAACUUGAGAGGUUUGAGCUUGUCGAGUCAUGAAUGAAACGCAGACGGAGCGUGAGGCUCAAAUGAAGAAACUAGCUGAUGUGUUUGCAGAGGACUCUGAAAGUGCUGAGACGUUUGAGGGGUUUUCUGACUCUGAGCUCACAGAUGCGAGUUUUGAUUUCUGUGAUGAAGCACAGCCUGACUCUUCCCCCGUGGAGCUGGAGGCCUCAUCUGACCCACCUGUUGGCUCUCAGCGCUUCAGGCUGCGGGUUGCUCUGCGUCCUGCUUCCCAGCUCUCAGAGUAUGAAGAGGUGGAGAAUAUGACGGCAAAGAGAGGGGUGAAGAGGCCAAGAGAGACUAAAAGAACCAAGAAGGACAGACGUGUGAAGUCUGAGGAUGAAAAGCUGGCUGUGACUCAGCCGGCUCAGGCUGAGGAGCAUGGAUCUGGUUCUGCAGAGGAUGAGUCGGAGGGUUUCCUGGCCAAGAGGGAGCAGAACAUCAAGGCCAACAAAGCAAUGUUGGCUCAGCUGAUGGCAGAUCUGCAGAAAAUGCCCGGAGGACCAGGGUUUUUGAAAAAGCAAGCAGGCAGACAGACGACAAAAAGAAAAAGCUCUCAUGCACCUCGCUUUAGUGUGGUCGAAGGGGAGUCCAGGAGGAACCCAGACCGGGCUUCUCGCAGACAGACCCGCUCUGCCGGGAUCAUCAAGGACCCUUCAGCUCAUCAGGAAGCAGAUGUGGAGCUUAGCUUGGAGGAAGAACUGCUGGAGGUGCGCCGAUCUCCACGCCAUCGUGGCACUCCACGGCCCAAUCAAAGCAAACCUCACGUAAUCCGUCCGGUGGACGACAUCACAGAAGACGAGCUGGAGUUGGUGGCUGACAAUUUGACUAACAAGGUGUACAACAGUGUCACAGGCUCUACUUGCCAUCAGUGCAGGCAGAAAACUAUCGACACAAAGACGUGCUGCCGCAGUGAGAACUGUCGGGGGAUUCAGGGUCAGUUCUGCGGACCGUGUCUGAGGAACAGAUAUGGAGAGGAUGUCAGGAAGGCGCUCCUGGAUCCGGACUGGAAGUGCCCUCCAUGUCGAGGCAUUUGCAACUGCAGUUUCUGCCGUCAGCGGGACGGUCGCUGCCCUACUGGCAUCUUAUUCCCUCUGGCUCAGUACCACGGUUUCUCUGAUGUCCACUCCUACCUCAGCAGCCUCCGUGAAAAACUGCAAAACGAGGAGAAAGCGGAGAUGUGACUUUUUUUUUUUGACAUUUAGAGAGGGUAGUUGUUUAUUUAGUUAUCUUUGUGUGUUAAGAGGUUUUUUUUUUUUAUCCUUUUUAGUAAAAUGGGUACAACCAUUUUUAAGCAAAUAUUUUUGUGGUGGUCCUUUUUGUAAUGUGAAUAAAACUAAAGACAUGUUUGCAAAGAAA